GGAAAGAGCUGCUCCUUUGUAGUGUGUGUGUUAGUGUGUGUGAGGGGUACUUUAACUAAGGAACAUAGGCGAGGACAUACUGUAUAAACCUACAGUAUGAGCAGAACCACCUUCUUUGAGGUGGAGGUUCUAGAUGGCAGGACCAGGCAACAGCUGUGUUUUCUAGAUAAGGUGGAGCCUCACGUUACAAUAGGAGACAUCAAGAGACUUUUUCACAAGUCAUAUCAACAGUUGUAUCCAGCCAGACAGGACCUCAAGCUCGACCCCAAAGGAAAAUCACUUAAGGACGACGAUGUAUUACAAAACCUACCAGUUGGGACCACAGCAACCAUGUAUUUUAGGGACCUGGGUCCACAGAUCGGGUGGACAAUGGUGUUUUUGGCGGAGUACAUCGGCCCCCUGUUUAUCUACCUUCUGUUCUAUUUCCGAGUUCCCUAUAUCUACUCACAGCAGGAUGCCUUCACCUCCAGCUCCAACUCAGUGGUCACACUAGCCUGUGCUUGUCACACCUGCCACUACAUCAAGAGAUUGAUUGAGACCGUCUUUGUGCACCGGUUCUCCCAUGGCACCGUGCCUCUCAGGACUACAGUCAGGAGCUGUGUGUAUUACUGGACCUUCUCUGCGUGGGUGGCCUUCUACAUCAACCAUCCACUGUACACGCCUCCAUCGUAUGGGGACAUGCAGGUGAACUACGCACUGGCAAUAUUUGUGCUUUGUGAGGCUGGUAAUUUCUCCAUUCACGUGGCCCUCAAUAACCUCAAGGCAGAAGGUGGGCCCAAGUGCCGAAAGUUCCCUCGCCCGACGAAGAACCCAUUCACAUGGCUCUUCUUCCUCGUGUCUUGCCCCAAUUAUACCUACGAGGUAGGAGCCUGGGCAAGUUUCUCUGUCAUGACCCAGUGUCUUCCAGUGGCCUUGUUCGCCUUCUUUGGUUUGAUCCAGAUGACCAUCUGGGCCAAUGGGAAGCAUAAAGCCUACACCAGGGAGUUUAAGGACUACCCACACCUGCGCAUGCCAAUUAUCCCACUCCUCCUCUGACCACACGAGAAAACGUUUACCAUUCUGCCUGAGGAGUAUUAGAGGCAUCAACCUGUCGGAAACGCUGUUGGAGAUUGGUGGGUUACUGUAUUUCUCACAAAGCACGAAGACCCCAUUGGCUGUUCCUUCAUCUAGCGUCAUGGCAAUGAUCUGUUAUCUUUUCAACAAAUAUCAAGGACAGAAUUCACAGAAAGUAUUGUGUCAUCACUGUUGUGGAUUGUGUAUUGAUUAUGUUUAAUUCAAUCUUUGAGACGCAGCUAUAUUGAUAAGUUAUUUCAUUGAUUUAUUUCACCGAUCAGGAUGAUUGAUUGACUGUUUCAAUGAAGCUACUGAAGGGUCAGCUGCUGUCGGUAUUCUUCGUCUUCAGACGGUGGAAAUCACCCGAAAUGAUUAAGUUAUGAAUAUACAAUUGGACUUACAGUAUAUCUAAUCUACCAUACGAUUUUGUAAUAAGUUAUUGUGCAUUUCCUAGAAGAAAAGAGUUUGUAACUUGCUACGAUAAACCCGUUUAGGAAGUCGUCUUGUAACAUUUGUUACGGCUGAAGUGUAUCAGGGCUAUUUUCAGUUUACAGAGUAAGUAGAGAAGGGGAAAUGGAAUCGGUUAACUAAGAAGUGAUCUAGAAGCAAUGAAGAAAUGGAACUUCAUCAGAUGUUCUAAGUUCUAAAUUAGAUUAUUUUCCACCUCUACAAAUGUUUGAAAGUAACAAAACGACCUGAUGAUUUUAACUUUGGGAGAAAGUUGGGGCUAAUUUAGUUAUGCAUGACUUAUGUAUCGUUCAAACUAACUACAAUCCGUCCAGUUCUCAGGUGUUAAUAGAUGUAAGGGGCACUGUUGCAUCCUGUACAAAUUAUAGACAAACUCAAUUCUAGACAAACUCAUUUUUUCGACAAACUUGUUUUGUAUACAAAGUGUACAUAUGGAAUAAAUCAUUGUGACCAUUUAAAAAGACAAGUCUUUUUAACUUAAAGAAGAGUCGUGCAAAUUUUGAAAAAAAUCAAUCAUUGUUACAGAAAAUAUUUAUUUGAAAUGAUUAUCUCAGACAAUUCAAGAAUCUCUCAUUUGCAAACAAAUCAGUUAUCAGGCAUAUGCAUAAAACUGCAAAAUUGUAUGCAGAGAAGAAAGCUUCAUGUUUAAACAGUACAUAUAGGCUUACAAAAUCGCAUCAUCAUUUAAAUAAUGAAUUCAAUUAGCAACAAAUGCUUUUAACAGUCAUUUUGGCCAGUGUAUUAGGUACACCGCUCAGUUCACACAAAUAUUUAGAUCAUACAGACAGUGAGUCACGUGGUUUGCUAUAUAAAUUCAGUUACUGUUUGAUUGGACGUUAGAAUGGGCAAAACGAGUGACCUAAGCGACUUUGAGCGCGGUAUGAUCGUCGGUGUCGGGCUGACCGUUCCGGGACCUCAGAAACGUCCGUCCUCCUUGGCUUUUGACACACGACAGUGUUUAGGGCAGGAGUACUCAACCCUAUGAGAUCCGGAGCCUGCUGGUUUUCUGUUCUACCUGGUAAUGAAUUGUCCCCAGGUCUAAAUCAGUCCCUGAUUAGAGAGGGAACAAAGAAACAAUGCAAUGGAACUGAUGUCCCAGGUCUAAAUCAGUCCCCGAUUAGAGAGGGAACAAAGAAACAAUGCAGUGGACCUGAUGUCCCAGGUCUAAAUCAGUCCCUGAUUAGAGAGGGAACAAAGAAACAAUGCAGUGGACCUGAUGUCCCAGGUCUAAAUCAGUCCCUGAUUAGAGAGGGAACAAAGAAACAAUGCAAUGGAACUAAUGUCCCAGGUCUAAAUCAGUCCCUGAUUAGAGAGGGAACAAUGCAAUGGACCUGAUGUCCCAGGUCUAAAUCAGUCCCUGAUUAGAGAGGGAACAAUGAAACAAUGCAGUGGACCUGAUGUCCCAGGUCUAAAUCAGUCCCUGAUUAGAGAGGGAAGAAUGGUGUUUGUAAAAGCAGGUAGUACUCUGU